AUGCGGAUGCUGGUACGGUUUCCGCUUUCAGGCAGGUGUUUGAUGGAAUCGGGUGUCACAUCCACACAGUUGGUUGGAGGGAUUCAUUGUUUUGCACAACAUGCAUUCCAGUGGCGUUUGGAAGAUUGUCAGUGGGACAACAUCCAAUUUUGCAGGCGGAUUAGGCAACUGCCGAGAAACAAUCAGAGCGCCAGCAUGUUUGUAGGAGACACCUGCUGUGCCAUGGCAUCGAGGGCAACCGUGGCAUGCCCCAUUGCAGCUAUUCUCCUUCCAUGUUUCGAUGCACAACUCAGCAGGGCGAACCCUGGAUUAGAGUUCAGCACCAGUCAAGCAUGA